AUGGUCAAACUGCUUAUAGCCAAAGAAUGUUACACCCCUCUUGAUAUAGCCGUCUCCAAGGGGCAUCUGGAUGUUGUCAAAGCGCUCUUGACACGGGGAUCUUCGGUUAACAGUUUGGAUAAGGACAACAAUACACCGUUGUACACCGCUUCAUGGCACGAAGCAACUGAAAUAGUUGGAAUUUUACUCGAUAAGGGUGCGAAUGCAAGCAUGAGAAACAAAGCGGGUCACACUCCUCUUGAUAGAGCGGUCUCCAAGGACCAUCUGGAUGUUGUCAAGGCGCUCUUGAUACGGAGAUCUUCUGUUGACAGUUUGGAUAAGGACAACAAUACACCCCUCCACUUUGCCGCAUGGCAGGGGGCAACGAAGAUAGUUGGCAUUUUGCUCGGUGAGGGGGCAAAUGUAAACCAGAGAAACCAAGUAGGGGACAGUGCUUUGGAUAUUGCCAUUUCUAGAGGUCAUGUAAACCUUACAAAGACUCUAUUGCAGCAUGGGGCAUGUUCAAACUGUCCAAACGAACAGAAAAACACCGCGCUUCAUCACGCAGCGUGGCAUGGUGCUCCUGAUGAAAUAAUUAAAGCUCUACUCGAAAGGGGCGCGAAUGCGAGUCUGCGAAACAAUGGAGGAGCAACCCCGCUCGACAUUGCGGUUCUACGGGGGCACGUUGACGUUGUAAAAUCGCUGUUGGAACACGGAGCACCAGUCAAUCUCGCGAAUGAGCAAAAUAACACCGCUUUGCACCAUGCCGCGUGGCAUGGAGCAGUGGAAGCAGUCAAAGUGCUUCUGGAUCACGGCGAAAAUUCAAGCCUUAGAAACAUCGCUGGUGAAUCUCCAUUGGAUAUGGCCGUGGUAAGGGGGCACCCACACGUUGUGAAGGCUUUGUUGGAACAUGGAGCUACAGUGAACCUUGCGAACGACCAACAAAGCACAGCGCUACAUCACGCGGCGUGGAAUGGUGCGUCUGAUGAAACACUUAAAGUUCUUCUCGAGGGAGGCGCGAAUAUGGUUCUACGAAACGGUGGCGGAGCAACCCCGCUAGAUAUUGCCAUCCUACGCGGUCACGGCGGCGUUGCAAAAUCGCUAUUAGAUCACGGAUCUGCAGUCAAUCUCGCAAAUAAAGAAGGUAACACUCCACUACAUCUUGCAAUUUUAGAAGGGCAGGAUCACAUCUUCGCUGAUUUACUAAAUUUCGGUGCAGACGUCAACGCUCAAAAUAAGGAAGGCUAUACGCCACUCCAUAUUGCAAUUUCCCAGAACGAUACUGCCGCAGUUAAAACUCUUCUGUCUAAAGGGGCCGAUGUAAACAUUGAAAAUAAGUUUGGAGAUCGGGCGCUACAUGUGGCGACGUUACUUAAUCGUGGCGAUUUAAUUAUUGAUCUCGUAAACGGCGGAGCCGAUCUUAACGCGAAGAAUGCUGAUAAUUUAACCGCUCUUGAUAUAGCAUCUAAGAACCGAUUUCAAGAUAUUGUUGAUAUACUGCUUUCUCAAAGAGGAGUUAUACAUUUAGUGGAAAUUUACUGAAAAAUUAACAAUAAUAAAGUAAUGCUAUCACCGACCUUA